CAUUCAAAUUGGUCUCAUCACCAGAACCAGUUGAGUACAAUUCGGUUCAUAUCACACCUCUCUAUGGCCAAGGCCACCACAAUACAUAGCCUGUUUGUUUUAUGUAUAUAUAGAUGCUCCUUCGAAACGGUGCCAACGCGUUCGUUAAGCUGCGUACUUUGCAUGAGCUUCUAAAUGAACUCUCUUUUUUUAACCAUUUUUUCUCUUCUUUUCAAUUAACUCUUUUUCUGGAGCAUUUUCUUACUUAUUUUUAUGAUUAAUUUGUUGUGUAGUCAUGGAAAGAAGUAGUGCGAUAUCUUGGGGAUGGGUUUGGUUUUGUUUGUGUUUGUGGUUUUGUUCAAGUUGUGUGGUUGAAGCUAAGCGGGAAGGGAGGUUUUCGAGUGAUGUGAGUCGUAGGAUGAUAGACAUGGGAUUAAGACACAGUCCUGCUGAAGCCUUCGGCCAUGCAGUGACUACAGAUAGUGGUUAUGGAGAAUGCCCUGGUGGUGGUGUAGGCAAUAAGGGAUGUGCAGGCAAUGGUGGUGGUGGUGGUUUUGGCAGGGGGGGAGGUGUAGGCAAUGGUGGUGGUGGUGGUGGUGGUGGUGGUUUUGGCAGGGGGGGAGGUGUAGGCAAUGGUGGUCUUGGUGGAGGCUUCGGCAGAGGGGGAGGUAUAGGCAAUGGUGGAACCGGGGCUUAUGGCGGUGCGGGAGGUGUAGGAAAUGGUGGCUUUGGUGGUGGUAUGGGCCAAGGUGGUGGUGGUGAUGGUGGUUAUGGCCCAGGGAGUGGGUUUGGGGGUGGAGGUGGAGGUGGAGGGGACGGUGGUGGCUACGGGUAUGGCAAUGUAGGCGGUGGAGGAGGAGGAGGCUGGGCAAGAAACGGUGAUGGAAAGGGGUAUGGCGGUGGGUGGGGAUAUGGUUCCCCAGGUGGAGGAAAAGGUGGCAGAUAUGGUUCUUCUGCUUCUACGUCUCAAAAGGACCAUCCACGGUAAUAGCACCAAUGCCCAAUGUUGUUUACGGAGAGAAUAAGGAUGACAUUUCUCCAUUUUAUAGUUUCCCCAGUUCUCCAUUUUCUUUAGUUUUUCUUUUCACAAAAUGUUGUGUGUAGUGUUAGGCUGUUAGCUGCAUCUGAUGGCAUUUAAGGUUAUUGUCUCCUUUUUUUUUAUAUAAUAAAUGUUAGAAAAUGCUAUGUCAA